AUGUUGAGGAACUCCUGCAAAAGGUUGAAGUCAUUAGAAGCUGCAUCCUCACCCUUACAUUCACUGGCAUGCCAAAAAUUGGAUUGUGUCAAAAGGUUGUACGAGUGUCUGGAUGAUCUGCUUCAACUCCCUUCGACUCAACAAUCUCUCUACAAUGAAAGACUUGGAAAAUUGGAAGAAGGGGUCCUGGAUAGAUCUCUCAGGCUGUUGGACAUUUGUAGGGUGGUCAGAGACAUCUAUUCACAGAUGAAGGAAAGUAUCCAGGAACUUGAGUCAUCUCUACGGAGGAAGAGAAGUGGAGAUUUGUCCAAUAAAUUGGAUCUGUUGAACGACAAGAAGUCGAACAAGGAAGUAAUCAAAAAACUUGAGGCAGUGGACUCGAGCAUUGAAGAGUUAGCAGAGAUGCUGGAAAUUGUAUUCCGUCUUUUGCUGAAAUCUAGAGUUUCCUUUUCAAUACUCUCAACCACUAGAUUAGGCCCACAAUCAGCAUGGUCUCCAAAAUACCAUGCACCUCAAUUUUGUAUACAUUAUCCUUUAUAA